AAAUCGUGAAUAUAUUUUGUGUAGUGUGCUGCUUCUGCCAACCUGUCAAAAACGACGGUCAAGAUGGUCGUUCUUUUCGAUACUUGAGACCGACUUUUGAUAAAUAAAGUGUUUCGUUUGAUGUACGGCGGUAAAGAAAUCAGGGUGUAAUUGAUGCGAUUUAUACUGAACGAAAUUUUAACUCGUUCUAGGAUACGCAAGAGAUAGUUAUUUUAACCGUAUUUCGCUUAGUCGUUAAGAUCGAAAAAUGGCUCUACGCAAAGUGAAGGGGAAUUUUGAGCGAAUGUUUGAUAAGAAUCUUACCGAUUUGGUCCGCGGUAUUAGAAACAACAAGGAGAAUGAGGCAAAAUACAUCGCACAAUGUAUGGAAGAGAUCAAACAGGAACUACGUCAAGACAAUAUCGCCGUCAAAGCAAAUGCUGUUGCCAAAUUGACAUACCUUCAAAUGCUCGGCUACGAUAUCAGCUGGGCUGGAUUCAAUAUCAUCGAAGUAAUGUCAUCCGCCAAGUUCACUUAUAAACGUAUAGGAUAUUUGGCUGCUAGCCAGAGUUUUCACACUGAUACAGAACUCUUGAUGUUAACAACUAAUAUGGUGCGAAAAGAUUUGAACAGUCAGAAUCAGUAUGAUGCAGGUUUGGCUUUGAGUGGAUUGUCGUGUUUCAUUAGUCCCGACUUGGCUCGGGAUUUGGUAAACGACAUAAUGACUUUGUUAACGUCGACAAAGCCAUAUCUCCGAAAGAAAGCUGUGUUAAUGAUGUAUAAAGUCUUCCUCCGGUUUCCCGAGGCUCUGCGGCCAGCUUUUCCUAGGCUUAAAGAGAAACUAGAAGAUCCAGAUAGCGGUGUUCAGUCUGCAGCUGUCAACGUUGUAUGCGAAUUAGCCAGAAAAAAUCCCAAAAAUUAUCUCAGUCUUGCUCCCGUUUUCUUCAAACUCAUGACUACAUCCACGAACAAUUGGAUGCUAAUAAAAAUUAUCAAGCUCUUCUCAGCGAUAACUCUCAUUGAACCAAAAAUGGGUCAACGCUUGACACAGCCCCUCAUUGAUUUGAUAUCAAGUACGUCGGCAAUGUCGCUGUUGUACGAAUGCAUCAAUACAGUGAUAGCUGUACUUAUAUCGAUAUCAUCGGGUAUGCCAAAUCAUUCAGACUCUAUUCAGUUAUGCGUUCAAAAGCUCAGAAUACUGAUAGAAGAUUCUGACCAGAAUCUGAAAUAUCUUGGACUUUUGGCGAUGUCGAAAAUUCUCAAAACGCAUCCAAAGAGCGUUCAGGCACACAAGGAUCUCAUAAUGCAGUGCCUUGAUGACAAAGACGAGAGCAUUCGGCUUCGUGCUUUGGACCUGCUUUACGGAAUGGUGUCUAAGAAGAAUCUAAUGGAAAUUGUACGGAAAUUAAUGAUACACAUGGAUAAAGCUGAAGGAACAACAUACAGGGAUGAAUUACUCUCAAAGAUCAUACAGAUAUGCUCGCAAAACAAUUACCAGUUCAUCACGUACUUCGAAUGGUAUAUUUCCAUACUGGUUGAGCUUACGCGGAUGGAAGGUACAAAACACGGACAAUUGGUAGCGACUCAAUUACUUGACGUUGCUAUUCGCGUUCAGGCAAUUCGAAACUUUGCUGUACAACAAUGUGCUCUGCUUUUGGAGAAUGCUCACUUGCUCACUGGACAGCCCAGAGCUACUAUGGCUGAAGUACUGUACGCAGCUGCAUGGAUUUGUGGCGAAUUUUCGAGUGAGCUGCAAAAUCCCUUGGCCACUUUGCGAUCAAUGCUGCGAUCAAGGGCUUCUACAUUGCCAGGUCACAUUCAAGCUGUUUACGUACACAACAUUCUAAAACUAAUUGCUUGUACUUUGAGCAAAGCGGAAAAAGAAAAUGACACGAAAUCUAUACAGGAGAUAUACGCGCUCAGCGACAAAAUAGUAGCUUUUGUAUGCAGCGGUGACUUGGAGGUGCAGGAGAGAGCUAGUUCGGCAAUUGUUCUUCUAGAGUGUUUGAAGGAAACUUCCGGACUCGCUGAAGAAUUGGCUGAAAUGUUUGUCGGGGAAUUGAAUCCCGUAGCGCCAAAAGCUCAAAGAAAGGUUCAAAUUCCGGAGGGUCUUGACCUCGAUGCGUGGAUCAACGACCCUCCUUCAGAGAGCUCUGAUUCCGAAGAUCUUGAUAUGAAUGACAUAUUUGUAAAAACUGAAAGGCCCAGCGAUUCUUACCGCAAACAAAACGUCGUUGAGUUGACAUCAGAGGAACUUCAGCAGAGGCGAGAAGCGAGAAAAUUGGAACAAGAAAACAAUCCCCAUUAUUUGAAGGGCUCUAGUAAUACGUAUAAAAACUCUUCGUCUUAUCACAAUAUUUCGAAUAACAAUGAAGACGAUUUUGAGAGCAUUCCAGUUGCCGAGUUGAAUAUACCUGUCGCGCUUGAAGUUCCUGGGCUCGCAAAUUCAAAUAAAUAUUUGAAUAUAAGUUUCGGCGAAGAUGACGGUGACAAGAGACACAAGAGGCGCGGCAAAAAGAAAUCGUCCAAGAAAAAUAAGAGAUCGAACAGUUCUGAAGAUGAGCACGAAACCGUUCACCCUACGCAGUUAGUAAACACCGGAAUAGGCGAGUUACCGCCUGGUGCUGAAUUGAGCGAUGGUGACGAUUACGAUAUCGGAGACAUGAAUGAUCCUCACAGGGCUCUGGACAUCGACUUGGACAUGCCGUUGCGAGAGGACGAAAGAUUGCCAGUUCUGGAACACAGAAUCGUUGAGAAUAGUCUUGCCAACGAAGUGCCUGAUGUUAAGAAAAGUAAAAAGGACAAGGACAAGGAGCACAGAAAGUCCAAGAAGAAAAGCAAAAGUGCGAAAGAACACAAUAAAGUAAAGCAGCCGACGACUAAGAAAGCGGAAGAGAAUGGAAAUAGCAUAGAUCUGUGGUUGGCAAGCGAUACUUCACCAGAGAAAAAUCAGAAAGUGGGUAGCGGCGAUUACAUGGAAAUGCCGAGUAAAGUAGAAACUGAUAAGAAAGAAGAGGGCGGUAGAUCUAAGAGUUCUAAGAACAAGGGUAAAAAUAAAAGCGACCAUGAAACAAGUAAGCAUAAAAAAAAAUCUAGGAAAGCUAAAGACGAUUCCAAGUUGAGCAAAGAUAAGAAAUCGUCUGGCUAUGAGGAAACAGCCGGUAUUUCAACUCCGUCCAAAGAAAUUUUGCCGUCUUUGAACACAAUUUUGAACAGGUUUGAUAGUCCGUCAACGAAUCUUCCGUCUCAGUUUGAUUCGACGGAUCAAAAUUCUUCCUACAAAAUUCUAGCGACUGAUAAAACGGUCAAACUCACUUACGACGUCAAACAAUUACCUCACGAAGCUGACAAGAUCGUUAUUCUCCUAGUCGUCGCGAACAUCGGAACGAACCUUUUGAAAGAAUUUGACUUUAACAUCUCCGAUACCGCGACAUUGAAGCUGUUGCGAGCUGCGGGUGACGAGUUCGAAAUGAAAACGCGAUUUCAAUUACUGCCCAAUUCCAACAACGUGACACAAUUCACGAUGUCUGUGUCGGAUGUAACGUUUACACAAAAGUUACGAGGUACUUUGGCAUACAUGAUAGAAGGAGAGUCGGGAACUUCCCAGGAGAAGCUUGACUUUGUAUUGACAUUACCAUGCAGCAGCUUUAUGAUCGGUCAUAUUUCUCACAAAGAUAUUCUAACCGAAUUACUUAGCAGCGGUCAGUUGACUGAGAAAAUAAAAAACGAAGUUGAAUCUAGCGGACAAGAUUUCUCACAACUGUUAAAUACCGUUUGCCAAAAAUGCAACGUUACUCUAGUCGAACAGAUCGAUCAAACCGCAUCUCUUUAUGGACAUUCCUUGAAGGGACACCAUGUUUGCCUAUUAUUAAAACAUAACAAUUCAAAGGGGACCUUGAUGAUUGAGGGAAAAAGUGACAAUAACUCGCUGUUAUCAGGUAUCGUUGAUGAAAUAUCCCGAAUUUUGGUAUAACGCAACCACGGAGAAGUGUAUCAAGUUGAAGAGGAAAUUGUGGAAAUUCAACAUAUGUUAUCUAUAGUUAGAACUUUAUAAUAUUCAAAUCAAUUCCUACGUCAGUGGCGUAGUAAAAAAUAAAAAUAAACAAAUUUUUUUAUAUAUAUACACAUGUAUAUAUAUUUAUAUAUAUGUAUGUAUGUAUACAAUUUAGCGUUCGUGACCAAGGAGGCUUGAUGAAGGAAAAUUUUCGUCGAUUUUGGUCAUGACAGACAUUUUGAUUUCAAAAUUUAUUGUCUUUGCGACGUUUUGACCGGGCGCAGCCUCGACAUCACCAGGCUACUAUUUUAACAAAAAAAAAGAAAUGUCCUGCCAAACAUUUUUUCUUUUGUUAAAACAGUAGCCUGGUGACGGUCGGGGCUGGGCCCGGUCGCAAGGGCAAUAAAUUUUGAAGUAAAAAUGUCCAUCGUGACCAAAAUCGACGAAAAUUUUCCUUUAUAUAUAUACACAUAAACAGAGAGAAGCAUGACAGCGUAGAGUAUUGUUUUUUUCGAACAAAAUUUGCCAGAUUCGUGUUUUCCUUGAAUUUUCAUGAAAAUGUGAACAAGAAAUUUCUUUGUCGGUAUCUGUAUUCGCAUAUUUUUUUUCGAGCUGGAAAAAUGAUAUGAUUUUCUUUCUUCAUUUUCUAUUACUGUUAGGAUUUGAAUUUGUGAUAUGUGCCUGGUAAGUUGCUGCUGUUGCUGCUGCUAUAGAUAUGACCCUGUAAAUAGGAAAUUGUUAUUCCGGAUCGUAUUGAUCUUUAAAACAAAUGAAGACAGUCUGAUGUACUAUCUAUGAAUCCACGUUUAACUUGUAACUGUACCUAGUAGUGUCAAUAGUAUCAGCAUAUUAACUUCAAUUAUACUAUUAUUAUUUGACGUAGUUAUGAUUAAAUUCUCUACGCGUUUCAAAUUUAUCUUACAAUCAAUAAGUAAUUUGCAUGGUAUAAUUUGUUCGUUUUUCAAGAGAAACAAUUAUAAAGCUGAUGCUAUUACUUUUAUAGGUACCAGAAAAAAAAAAUUUCAAAUGAUGGAUGGAUACUGUAUGUACAUAGAUAUAGGUAUCUGAAUCCAGGUUUGCUUGGCUCAAAGAGGAUACUUUAGUGGCUUGCGACGAUGAAUAAAGAGUUUAUCGUAGAUAAAAGUACUUUUUUUAUCCCCAUUUUGAUCGGUGUACUUGAUACGUCGUAUUCUGGUUUCGUAGUAAACACGCUAUGCGACUUUUGUCGUCACUUUGAGCUACGGUAAUCCUACGAUUAUAAUGUACACUGGCAUAAAUAUAUACACAUGCAUACCUACAUUAUAUUGUAAGUAACGAAAUAAGACAGACAGAAUGAGAGAGAGAGAUAAAAAGAUAGCGAGAAAGCGGAGAAAAUUUAAAAGACGAAAUCAUUAGCACACAUUCAUUGUGUUUGGAAUCGGUGCCUAAAGAAAAUUGAUAACGAAAGUUUUCGAUAAUGAAUUUAGGGUACACGGCACUGAUUUUCUAUACAUAUAUAGAUAUUUACAUACUUGAUAUCACGUCCGAGUGGCUGAUCGUGGAUUAAGUAUACAUUACAUUACUUACUUUUCAAAACAAAGAAGCAAAGUAACAAAAUUAAGCGUCGAAAAUUUUUCUCAAUGAAAUUCAAAAUAUGUAAAACAAUAAUCACUCGGCUAUUAUAAUCUACGGUUAGUUAUUUUAAUGAAUAAUAAUUAUAAAAAAAAAUUGGGAACUGCGUAUUCAGCGAUAUUGCCAAACGCUAUGUAUGGAUUCGCGAACUUUUAUGUUAUAUAAAUUGUAUACAGUCAAUAUAAGAUUAAAAUAUUAAUUAACUAUACUCAAGGAA